UUCUUCCAAUUAUAAUUAGUCUAUUGAGCCAUACCGUAGUAACUGAAUUUUGGCAAUUCGGGAGAACGUGAAAGAUGGACUCAUAAGUGCUUUGAAGUGACGGUAUCGGUUGGAGAUUUUUUUCCCAUGAUGCCAUGGGUGCUUACAAGUCACGACCCACUUCUUCCUGUGCAGAGGAAUGGCAUAAGAAGAUCAGUGAAAGCUAUGCCGUGCUGGAAACUCGAAUGAAAGAGGAUCUCGAUCCCAAAGACAUUGAGCAAUACACAGGGAUCCAGAAGGCAUGCUGUUCUGGUGAUACAGACAGGGUACUUGAGCUAGCUGAUGAGAGAUGUGUGGUCACUAAAACAGAGACUGGACUCACUCUUUUACAUCUCAGCUGUAUAUCAACAGGGUCGAAACCGUUUGUGAAGUUGUUAGUCCAUGCUGGAGCCAGGGUCAGUAGUCUGAGUAGGAAUGGCUUCUCACCAUUGCAUCUAGCUUGCUUUCAGGGUGAUGUAGACUUGGUGAAGGACUUACUGUUAGAGGAAGCAGACCCUACAGUGAUUGGUUACAGCUCAGUUACUGCCCUGCAUAUUGCAAGCUUGAAUGGAAAUGAAGAGAUUGUGGAACAUCUGAUUAAGUGUGGAGCAAACAUUCAUGCCAGAGACACAGUCAAGUUCACCCCGCUCCAUAUAGCAUGUUACUUUGGCCAUGAAAAGGUUGUCAAAUGUCUUAUAAACCACGGUGCUGACAUCAACCUGUCUGGUGAGGUCGGUGAUGUGCCCCUUCAUUUGACCUGUGUCAAAGGUCACCAGAGCAUCACAGAGCUUCUGGUCAAAGGUCGUCGCAAUAACAAGGCUGAUGUGAAUGCUCAAGACAAUGAGCAGCAUAUGCCGCUCCACUUCAGUUGCCGAGCAGGUCACCUGACCACAGUCGAUUAUCUUCUUCAGCCUAACCUAGGCACCAAAGCCCAUGAAGUUAAUAUAUACGGGGAUACACCCUUACACCUAGCAUGCUACACAGGGAGACUGGAUAUUGUCAAGUCAUUAAUCACAAAGACAGGACCUACCAGUCUGCUGGUGGAGAAUAUAUUUAGUGAAGCACCUCUACACAGCGCAUGUACGUACGGCAAGAAUAUAGAGCUUGUGAAGUAUCUGUUGAGUCAGGAAGGUGUGAACAUCAACACGCAAGGCAGAGACGGACACACAGCUCUUCACAGUGCCUGUUACCAUGGGCACUACCAUUUAGUCCAGCUUCUAUUAGACCAAGGGGCAGACAUGAAUCUAGUCGCUACGGAGCAGAAUGGGGACUCUGAGAAAGACCAGGAACAGACCUGCUUAGUCUGGGCUUACCAAAGAGGUCAUGAUGCCAUUGUGACGUUACUGAAGCAUCACAAAAGACCCCAAGAUGAGUCUGCUUGUGGAGACUACUCACAGCCAGGUGGAGAUGGUUCCUAUGUGUCUGUUCCAUCUCCCUUGGGCAGACUACGAUGUAUUACAAAAGAGAAAAUAAAUGUGUUACAACUGAGAGCAUCGCUACCCAAGAACUUUCAUCUGGACAUUAAUGAGAUAGAAUUCCUUGAAACAAUUGGGAGUGGAUCCUUUGGGAAUGUGUACAAAGGCUACUGCAGAGGAAAAAUUGUGGCAAUUAAGAGAUAUCGUUCCAGUGCUUUCAGCGCCAAGUCAGAUGUGGAUAUGUUCUGUCGUGAGGUGUCCAUACUAUGCAGACUAGACAGCCCCUAUGUGAUACGCUUUGUUGGAGCUUGUAUAGAGGACCCUAGCCAUUUUGCAAUUGUGACACAGUAUGUGGCAGGGGGCUCUCUGUUUUCGUUGCUUCAUGUUCAAAAGAGAAACAUUGAUCUCCAAUCCAAGAUGACGAUUGCUGUGGAUGUAGCACAUGGCAUGGACUACCUGCACAAUCUGCCACACCCUAUCAUACAUAGAGAUCUAAACAGCCACAAUAUUCUCCUUGAUGAGUUUGGACAUGCCGAAGUAGCAGAUUUUGGUGAAUCCAGAUUCGUCAAGUCCAUGCAUGAAGACAACAUGACCAAACAACCAGGAAAUCUUCGCUGGAUGGCGCCGGAAGUCUUCUCCCAGAACACCCAGUACAGCAUCAAGGCAGACAUCUUCAGCUAUGCCCUCUGCAUAUGGGAGCUUCUCUCAGGAGAGCUUCCCUUUGCUCACCUCAAGCCGGCUGCAGCUGCUGCUGAGAUGGCCUAUCGCAGUACCAGACCACCCAUAGCCAUCACCAUACCCAAGUCCAUCGUCAAUAUCCUGCAGAUGAUGUGGAGUCCGAACCCUGAGGAGAGGCCAACCUUUGCCCAGAUCAUCCCCAUGCUGGAUGACUGUCGCCAAGAGUUCCUGGCCGUAAGCAAAACACUGUCUGGUGUGCUGAGCAUGCUGGAUGCUGAUUGGGCUACUCCAAUAGAUGACAGCGAGGACGGCCUUGAGAUGGGAUACAGUGGACUAGAGCCCUCACCCAGUGACCUGGAGCCAGGUGAACUUCCUGCAGGCAACGUGACAGCUCUAAGAACGCAGUGGGAAAUGUGUGCCAAGUCGCUGAGUGGGGAAAAGAAUGGAAGCAGUGUCUUCCCUGCAACAGAUAAAAAUGGUUAUGUAUCUGAUCCUCUGAGCACCCUACGAGUGAACGAUUCACCCAUACUACCUCAGCAGGAUUGAGCCAACAACAUGGAAGAUAUACAGUAGGCUUGCAGGUGCACCAUGUGAGAGAGAGAGAGAGGAUUGAGGUGUCCUGAAAAGGACAUGGAAGAGGCGUUAAGAUCAAGUGUGUUCUCCUGGAAACCUAGAUAGAAAGGUCACCUACAUGUACAUAGAAAAGUCAGGUAAUAGAUCG